AUGGAGGAUAUUGGAGCAUCUCCAGCCCAACUGUUGAUGGGUCGAAGACUGAGUACAAGACUUCCGAUUACAUCAGAGUUGUUGAAGCCUCGCAUGGUAACUAACCCAGUACAGCAGUUGUUAGAAAAGAGACAAAAGAUGCAGAAGGAAUAUUUCGACCAAAGAUCCAGACCUCUUCAGAAACUUCAGGUUGGCGACAAUAUAAGAAUUUGGCAUGAUGGAACAUGGAAUCCAGCUGAAGUUACUGGACUUUCUGAGCAGCCAAUAUCUUAUGUCGUUGAGACACCUGAGGGGAAGGUGUACAGAAGGAACAGAAAGUUUUUAAUGAAAUCAAAAGAACAAAGUGGCACACCAAGGAAGGGCACGGACAAUCAAGAUGUGACUCAACAAAAUGGGUGUGACAACACAGAGAAAAAAACAGGAAAUGGACACUCAAACAUGGAAAAGAGAUGUUUGACAGAUAUUACGCACUCCAUGUCCACUCCUGCAAAGAUCACUCCGUUCCCACCAGGGCACUUUGAGGCAUUUAACUUGAAGCUCAGUGGAAAAGUGAAGUCUGUUCAGAUGGAUCGCUUCCACUGUCUCACAGACAAACCCAAACAUGCCGCCUAUAACAACGUUGAGGGUCUUCCAUCGGGCUUUGAAUUGGAGACCGUCAAGAGCAACAUUAGGAUCCUGUUUGAAAAUGCGGUAAAGAAACGCUUGAUGACACACAGAAGAAUCGGUUGCCUCCUCUCAGACUCAGGAGCCUAUAGGCUAUGCUCAUUUAUCAUCAUUCACUUGGAGAGUUAUGACAUCUUCACUAUGCCUCCGUUGGUGAGCAUGUACCUGAUAUCAAAGUACAUCCAUGAGAAGACAGACAGUGUUGUGAUUUUCUCAGGUGACGGUUCGGAUGAGCUGACACAAGGAUACAUCUACUUUCAUCGGAAUCACGAUGCGGACAGAAGCACAGCUGCAUUCGGACUGGAAUUGAGAGUGCCUUUCCUGGACCAUAGGUUCACCGCAUACUACCUAUCUCUGCCUGAAGAGAUGAGAGUGCCUAAGGAUGGUGUGGAGAAGCAUCUCUUGAGGGAAACGUUUAAAGGGAUGAACCUGAUCCCAGAUGAGAUUCUCUGGAGAAGGAAAGAGCCCUUCGGUGAUGGUUUGUCAUCCAUUAAGAAACCCUGGUACACUAGUCUGCAGGAACACAUUGAGUCUGAGGUGAAUGACUCUCAGUUGGAGAAGGCUGCUAAGGUGUUCCCUUUCAACACCCCCACAACCAAAGAGGGAUUCUUCAUAAGGCAGAUCUUUGAGAAGAAUUUCCCCAGCUGCUGCGAGUGGACGCCACAUUACUGGAUGCCUCACUGGAUCAAGGCCACCGACCCCUCGGCUAGAACCCUGUCCAUCUACAAGGCUGAUAAAUACCAGUAA